AUGGCAACACAAUACGAAGAACGUAUACUUGUGGGUGUGGCCAUUAUCUGCUCUUUGAGCGCAAUUAUUGCUUGUUUAAUCACUUUCCCAGCGAUUGCAACUGAAAUGAGCGAUAUUCAAGCUAUGGUUGACGCUGCCGUACAAUCAUUUCGUGUUGACACCGAUUUAGCUUGGGACACUGUGAUGGAGGUGAAGAUGGCGUUUUCUCCUUCGUCAAAAUCGCCAUCCCAAGCGCUUGAGUCGAUAUUUCGCCCGAAGAGGCGUAGUGCAAUAUUCGCUAAUUUGCCAGAUUACUGUAUAUGUGAACCAAUAGAGCCAAAAUGCGAACCCGGACCUCCUGGACCGCCUGGACCUCCAGGGGAACCUGGUGAGAAUCGAGUGAAAUUCAUCUUAUAUCUCGUAGAUAUAAUUGAGAGUUGUCAAGCACAUUACCUGGAAGCACGUAAUUGUUUUUUUUUUUUUGCUUAAUU